AUGUCUGAAGAUCUAAGAAAUCUGUAUUAUCAUCACCCUUUUCACAGUGACAGACGUGACAUGAGUUUCAAUAUGGGUGUAUUAACCAGUUCACACAUGUUGGACAUGGAUUCAUCCUACUUGAGCUUCACAGAUUCCAACAGUUUGGCCAGAGCUUUCGGUUUGUGUCCUGCAACAUCUUCUCAUGAGCCAUUUUCUUCUGUUUUACUUCAAGAUGAUGAAACCAAAACAACUGCUAUUGCGGCUUCAGAUCAUCACCAUAAUCAUGGUCAUGAAACCCCUAUAACUCCAAAUUCUUCAAUCUCUUCUUCCUCUACUGAGGCUGUUGGUGAUGAAGAUAGCUCCCACAAAGGAAAGAAAGACAAGCAAAUGAAAGAAGCUACAGAAGAUGAAGAUCAUAGCCCCAAGAAAGAAAACAAAACGAAGAAAAAACCCGAGAAGAAGGAAAAACAGCCCAGAUUUGCAUUCAUGACUAAGAGUGAGGUGGAUCAUCUAGAAGAUGGUUACAGAUGGAGGAAAUAUGGACAAAAAGCAGUCAAAAACAGCCCUUAUCCAAGGUACCGUAGUUCACAUCUUCCUAGCUAUCUUAGCUAGCCUUUUCUGAAUCAUUUGACCUGAUAUCCCUUUAAUUAGAUCGCUUUCUGAACUCAAGGAUGUUUUUUUUUUUUUUUUUCUUUUGCCGAAAAAAGACUUUGAUCGAUAUGUGCAAAAGAAUAGUUGCCUAACAGGACGAAAAAAAAAAAUUAGUCCAAGAUUACAUUCACAUUAAUGCGUAAUCUCUUACUUUUCUCUCUAGCAAAUUGUUGCGUAAAAUUAAUUAAAAGUCAAAUUUCAAUUUAACUAGUGUUUUUUUUUUU